AUGGCGUUUAUUAAAGAGGAGAGUGAAGAUGUGAAGAUUGAAGAAACAUUCACAGUCAAACAGGAAGAUCUGCAGGAACAAACAGACCUAAUUGAAGAGAGUGAGGGGAGUAAAGAGGAGGAACAUCAUGUUAAAAUUGAGGACAAAAAUCAUUUACAGACUGAUGGUAUUUUGAAAAGGAGAGACAAGAAUCGUUUCACCUGUACUCAGUGUGGGAAGAGUUUUGGAGGAAAUGGCAAUCUUAAGAUUCACAUGAUGAUCCACACUGGAGAGAAACCAUUCACAUGCACUCAGUGUGGGAAGAGUUUCAGCCAAUCAUCACACCUUAAUGACCACAUGAUGAUUCACACCGGAGAGAAACCAUUCACAUGCACUCAGUGUGGGAAGAGUUUCAUCCGGUUAUCAUUGCUUAAUCAACACAUGAUGAUUCACACUGGAGAGAAACCAUUCUCAUGCACUCAGUGUGGGAAGAGUUUCAGGCAAUCAUCAUACCUUAAUGAACACAUGAUGAUCCACACCGGAGAGAAACCAUUCACAUGCACUCAGUGUUGGAAGAGUUUCAGCCGCUCAUCAGACCUUAAUCUACACAUGAGGAUCCACACUGGAGAGAAACCAUUCACAUGCACCCAGUGUGGGAAGAGUUUCAGCUGCUCAUCAUCCCUUAAUAAACACAUGAGGAUUCACACUGGAGAGAAACCAUUCACAUGCACUCAGUGUGGGAAGAGUUUCAGCCAAUCAUCAGACCUUAAUAAACACAUGAUGAUCCACACUGGAGAGAAAUCAUUCACAUGCACUCAGUGUGGAAAGACUUUCAGCCGCUCAUCAAACCUUUAUCUACACAUGAGGAUCCACACUGGAGAGAAACCAUUCACAUGCACUCAGUGUGGGAAGAGUUUCAACUGCUCAUCACACCUUAAUCGACACAUGAGGAACCACACUGGAGAGAAGCUAUUCACAUGCACUCAGUGUGGGAAGAGUUUCAGCCAAUCAUCACUCCUUUAUCUACACAUGAUAAGCCACAACGGAGAGAAACCCACAGCUUCGGUGUGGGAUGAGUUUCAGCAACUCCUCAGACCUUAAUAAACACAUGAUGACCCACACUGUAGAUAAACCAUUCACAUGCACUCUGUGUGGGAAAAGUAUCAACCAAUCAGUAAACCCUAAUGAACACAUCAAGAUCCACACUGGUGUAAAAGAGUAUUUGUGCUUUGAGUGUGAGAAGACUUUUA